AUGAAAGAUUUUGUCUACAUACGUGAGGGUAUCAUUUACCGCGGAGUUGAUGCUAUCAAUGCGAAAGAAGAAGUAAAUGCUAAAAAACUGGCAAAUGAGCUGAAAUCUUCUCUUGAAAGUAUUGCAGCUUCCACUAUGGAUCCAAUCACCCCCAACAAUAUAAUUGAGGAUUGUAAUGGUACUGAUAUUAUAAGGUCUCAAUUGGGCGAUAUCCUUGACCCAAGUGAAUUCGUAGUAGAUGAUACCAAUAUGCUUGCUCGUGCAGCUGUGAUUGGAGAACACAAUGAAAUCGGAAACAUCAACAUUGCAAGGGACACUGAGGCAAUUGGAUGCUUAAACAUAACUGGAGAACACAAUGAAAUCAAAAACAUCAACAUUGCAAGGGACACUGAGGCAAUUGGAUGCUUAAACAUAACUGGGGAGCACAAUGAAAUCGAAAACAUCAAUAUUGCAAGGGACACUAAUGCAUUUGGAUGCUUAAACAUAACUGGAAUUCACAAUGAAAUUGGAAACACAAAUAUUUCAAGGGACACCAAGACGACUGCAUGUGCAAAUAUAGAGGCAAUACACAAUGAAGAAUCAAAUACAAAAGUUACUAGAGACAAUGAGGCAACUGCAUGCUUAAGUAUAACUGGAAUGCGCAAUGCAAUUGGGAAUUCUACAAAAUCAAGGGAUAAUAAGGCAACCGGAUGCUUAGAAAUGACUGGGAUCCAAAAUAAAAUUGGGAACUCAUCAGAAUCAAGAAACAAUAAGGCAACUAGAUGCACAAGCAUAACUGUAAUGAACAACGAACUUUUUAAUCGCGAAGACUCAAAAAACAGCCAAGAGCAUGGUUGCUCAAGCGAAGUUCUAAUCAAUAAUCGAUUAUGUAAUUAUACAAGCACUGAAAAGAAGCCUGGUAUCUCUACUAGUGUCACUGGAACUGGUGUGAGUGCUUUUAACAUGCAUGUAGACAAAUCAUUUGGUCUUGAUAUAGGUGCUAGUGGUCAAGUUUCCUUUUUGAAUGUGAAUCUUGGAACUCGUUUACAACUUGGCAAAGACAAUCGUAGUACACGAAAUGGAGAUCAUUCUGGAGGUGGUUCUAAUGAAGGCAAAGAUAAUCCUAAUACACAAAAUGGAGAUUAUACUGGGGGUGAUCCUAAUGGAGACAUCAAUGAUGACAAUUCUAAUACACAAAAUGGAGAUUAUCCUGGAGGUGAUCAUAAUGAAAACGGCAGAAACAAUCCUAAUACACAAAAUGGAGAUAGUUCUGGAGGUGGUUUUAAUGAAGACAGCCAAGGCAAUCCUAAUACACAAAAUGGAGAUUGUUCUGGUGGUGAUUAUGGUGAAAAUGACAGAAACAAUUCUAAUACGCAAAAUGGAGAUAGUUCUGGAGGUGGUUUUAAUGAAGACAGCCAAGACAAUCCUAAUACACAAAAUGGAGAUUGUUCUGGUGGUGGUUAUGGUGAAAACAACAGAAACAAUCCUAAUACACAAAAUGGAGAUCGUUUUGGGGGUGAUCAUUGUGAAAGUGACACAAACAAUCCUAAUAGGCAAAAUGGAGAUUGUUCUGGUGGUGAUUAUGGUGAAAACGACAGAAACAAUCCUAAUACACAAAAUGGAGAUCGUUUUGGGGGCGAUAAUUGUGAAAGCGACACAAACAAUCCUAAUACACCAAAUGGAGAUUGUGAUAGGGGUAAUCAUGGUGAAGGUAACAGAGAUACACCUAAUAUACAAAAUGAGGGCAAUUAUAGCAAUAAUGGCAACCCUAAUACACGAAAUGAAGGAGGUUCUGAAAAUGAAAGCAACUCAAUUGGAAUUUUAAGAGCUGACCAUUUAACUGUUAUUGAUGAAAGUUAUUUGGUUUAUAGCAAUGGAGGAUCGUCAAGUAUUGCCAAUAAUAUUCGACCAUCCUCAUUUGGCUUCAAUCAAAGUUCUACAGAAAGGGUUCAAAAUUUUGUUGGGCUUCGUGGUGAAGGUAAUUUGGUUAAUGGUAAUGGAGAAAUGUCGAGUACUGGGAAUCAAGGCACUACAAGUACUGCCGAAGAAAGUUUUUCAGAGGACGCUGAAAAGCAGGGUAAUAAUGAUGUUUGCAGCAAUGAACAGAAUAAUAUACACUCACAUUCAUUCUCAAAUUCGGCAUUUGAUAAUGGUAAUGACACCACUUUUACUGCAAACCGCUCUCUUUCCACCACCGGUAAUAUCCAAACAUCCUCAUUUGGCUUCAAUCAAAGUUCUAGACAAGGGGUACAAAGUGAACAAAACUUUGCUAGACUUCGAGGUGAAGGUACCGGACUGCAUAAUCCUACUAGCUUGAGGGAAGGUAGUAAGUUGAAGAGAAUGAAUUACACAACUGGCAAAAAUAAAGACAAUUGUAAAACCGGCAAAACCAAUAAUAAGUGCAAAGAAAACGCCGGAUCCUCCUUGACCUCUUCUGUUUCAAACAAUACAAAAGAAACUAAAAAUUCACAAAAGCCUACAGCACUUGAGAAAGCCUUAGCAGACACUAUUAGUGAGCAUCCACAUUUGCUUGUGGCACUAAAAUCUAUGUCAUCAGAUUCCGAUUCUGUUUCUUCUGAACCUUCUACUAUAGGUACAGAUAUUUAUGAGCGCAUCAAGAUGCGUGCUCGUCAUGCUGAAGAAGCUGCUAAACAAAAAAAGCUAGCCCAAGAAGAAGGCAAAAACUCCACCGCCAAUUCCAUCUCUGAUAACUCCAAAAAUUCCAAUAGCGAUAAUUCGUUGUCACAAAAAAAUGAGGAAGUUGAGGAAGAUAUGGAAGCUCCAAAACCAUGCAAAAACCACUCUCCCAAUAUCCGUUGCUUUCGUUGUUUGAUGGGUUCUAAGGGAAAGAAAGUAAAACAUGUCGGUGGAAAUGUGUUUGGUUUUGCUAGUUGA